AUGCUGUCUGCCCCACUCCUUCAACCUGAAAUUAUGGAGGCAGCAGAGGCACCAAUUCCCUCAGAGUCAUUAUGGGAUCAGAUAACCAAAUUCACAGCCACGAUGAAUGCGGCGUACAGAAGAAAACCAAUCCCUUAUUGGAUUCUUCUUUUUCUCGGCAUCAUUGCAAUGGUUGUGGCGUUUCCAGCUUCCAGCAUUCUGUCUCGUGUUUAUUACGCCAACGGCGGCCAGAGCAAGUGGAUCAUAUCUUGGAUAGCUGUUGCUGGAUGGCCUCUCAUUGCAUUGAUAUUGUUUCCUACAUACUUCAUUACGAAAACCUUUCCGACUCCGCUUGGCUUAAAACUGUUUCUGUCUUACAUUGUUUUGGGUUUUCUAAGUGCUGCUGAUAAUCUCAUGUAUGCUUAUGCUUAUGCUUACCUACCUGCAUCUACUGCUGCUCUUGUUGCGUCGUCGUCUCUUGUGUUUUCUGCACUUUUCGGAUACGUUCUUGUCAAUAACCGGAUGAAUGUUUCUAUAGUAAAUGCCCUUUUUGUGAUAACGGCUGGAUUGACCAUCAUUGCUUUGGAUUCAAGUUCAGAUAAAUAUGAUAACAUCAGUAACAAUCAAUACAUAAUGGGAUUGGUAUGGGAUGUUUUAGGUUCUGCACUUCACGGACUUAUCUUCGCACUCUCCGAGCUGGUUUUCGUUAAACUACUGGGGCGGAGAUCGUUUGUAGUUGUUCUGGAACAGCAAAUCAUGGUUUCAUGGUUUGCAUUUCUGUUUACGAGUAUAGGGGUAAUUGUAAGUGGCGAUUUUCGAAGAAUUUCAUCCGAGGCUACUAUCUUCAAAGGAGGUAAAAGUGCGUAUUAUCUUGUUCUCGUUUGGGGUGCAGUUACUUUUCAGUUGGGGGUUUUAGGGGCAACUGCUGUGAUUUUCUUGGCUUCAACUGUGCUUGCUGGUGUACUUAAUGCAGUAAGAACACCAAUAACAAGUAUUGUAGCUGUUAUUCUGUUACAUGAUCCAAUGAGUGGUUUCAAAAUCCUAUCACUAUUGAUUACCUUUUGGGGAUUUGGAUCAUAUAUUUAUGGCAGUUCAAUGGAUCAUAAACAAUCUUAA